AUGUUGGGGAACGUGGUCAUCAUUGGUCAAUCUGGGGCGGGGAAAAGCUCUCUCAUUAACAUGCUUUGCCCCACGGCCAAGGCCUCUAUCUCGAACAAUACAUAUGGUUGCACCAUGGUAGUGACAAAGUACACAUGCCACCUUGGGGGACAAGACUAUUGUCAAGUGCACGAUACAGUCGGCCUCGAAGAAGGGCGAUGGGGCUUCCUUCCAGACAAACAAGCGCAGAAACAGCUCAAGUCAUACAUGAAUGGCAAGUUGAAGAAGAGCCCGAGAGAACUAGACCUUGUGGUAUAUUGCAUACCAGGAGCAAGAGGCUCGAAGAAAUCACAAGCGCGCAACUUUAAGAAAUACAAGUCGUUGGCCGACGCGGGCCACGUGCAAGUUAUAGUGGUUGUCACCCAUUUGGAGGGUUCCGCAGGUCCUUUGGAGGAUUGGUGGUCGGAGAAUGCGAAGACACUGAAAGAUAUGGGUAUUCCGGAGACUACUAAACAUGCAUGCGUCGUCACACUCCCCAAGCAUGAACUCGAGUCAAGGAAAAGACAUCUCUAUGAUCAAUCCUAUGAGGCUGUCAAAGCCCUCAUCAGAAAUAAUCUUCCCAGCACCCGGCGUCGAUAA